AUGAGAAGCUUCUCAUCUUGUACACAGUUGUCAAAGUACUUCAUUGUCCUGAUUUUAUUUGCUAUCAACAUAAAUAUUAGUCAUCAGUUGACAAUGCAUUGUGAUUUUAAAAUUGAUUCAGUUUACAUGGAUACAAAAUAUGCUUGUGUAUUGAGAAACUUUACAACUUUCUUUAAAGAUAGAAAAAUUAUAAAAAUUACUGGAGUUCAUGAAGCUGGAAAAAACCAUAGUGAUGUAAAAAUGCUGUAUGCGUAUCAUCAAAAUAUUCCAUACUUGCCAAAUAAUAUUGCGGAAUUUUUCCCUAAUCUAGAAAGUUAUUACAUCAUGAGAUCAAAUGUUCAGCAUUUGAUCCCUGGUGACCUAGAUGGACUUGAUAAGUUAAUACAUUUUGCAGUUGUUCGCAAUCCGAUUGAAUUAAUUGAGAAAGGUUUCUUUAACAACCACACAGAACUGACUUUAAUCUCAUUUUAUGAUUGUCAUUUGAAAAAAAUUGAGCAAGGAGCUUUUGAUGGACUUCAUUCAAUUAGUUAUUUAAAUUUAGAUAACAAUGAUUGCAUUUCUAGAUUGUAUGGCACAUACAUGUAUAACUUAAGGAUUCGACCUCUCUUGCUCUUAGAAUUUUUGGCAGAUGCCUAUGAUAAGUGUACAGGAUAUGAACGAAUACUAAAAGUUAAAGAAACAAUUAAGGAUUGUAGUGAAAUGCAGCCUGAAUUAACAGGGCCUUUAGGGUUUUUCAAUUUACAGCAGAGAGCACAAAACAUAGAAAAUGAGUCAUCAAGUCAGAUGAGAAUCCUUUGUAAAAUGGAAUUUGGAUAUACUAUUAAUAAAUGUAAUGCAAAAGAUGUUGUUACAUCAUUUGAUGAUCGUCAAUUAACUGGAAUUGUUGGGAACUCUGGCAAUGCUGAUAUUCAUCAAUUAAUAAUAACUUAUAGUGAUAUGCCUUACCUUCCGCUCAACAUCAGUGAAAAUUUUCCCAAAAUAAAUUAUUUAAAGAUCUACAAAUCAAAUGUGCAGCACCUGAUGACUGGAGAUCUUUCUGGACUUUAUAAAUUAAAGACUUUAGAUCUGUCAAAUAAUGCAAUUGAGCAAAUUGGAGAUGAUUUUUUUAAGGACUUAAGCUCAUUGGAAAUAGUCAAUUUCGACAAUUCUGAGAACAAUGAAUGUAUGAAUUUAAAAACCAAACAAUCAUAUUCAUAUCGUGAUAAUGGAGUGACAGUUUCAGAAUUUAAAAGAUCUGUUGUUGAAAAAUGUUCUAAUACUACUCAUACAUUGAAGAGUUCUUACCAAGAAACCUGUCACGAUAUUUCAAAUAAUUUAAAUGUCACUGAAUCAUCUCAAGACGUUCUUGUAAUUAUUGGUGUGAUUUUCUUAUCAAUAAUUUCAGGAAGUUUGAACUUCUUUAUUUUAAUUCUUGUUGUGUUUAAUAUUAAUUUGAGUCAUCAAUUGACACUUCAAUGUGAUUUUAAAGUCGAAACUACAUAUUUAGGAACAAAAUAUGGAUGUUUAGUGAAAGGAUUAACAACAACAUAUAACGAUCGAAAAAUAAUAAAAAUUGUUGGAAAUCAUCAAAUUGGAAAAAGCAACGAUGAUGUAAAGUUGUUGUUCAUGAAAUUUCAAAAUGUUCCUUACCUUCCACAAAAUGUCGCCGAAUUUUUUCCAAAUCUUGAAACUUUCUACGUUAUGAAGUCAAAUGUUCAGCAUUUGAUUACCGGUGACCUUGUUGGACUUGAUGAUUUGAUUCACUUUGAUGUCUCACACAAUCCAAUCGAAUUAAUCAAAAGUAAUUUUUUUGAAAAUAAAACAAAAUUGACAAAAAUUUCAUUUCACGACUGUCAUUUGAAAAAAAUUGAGAAAGGAGCUUUUGAUGGGCAAAGCUCAAUACAGUUACUAGAGCUUAACUACAACGACUGUGUUUCCGGAAAAUAUCCAUCUACUCAAUCUUACUAUUAUCGAACAACACCUCUCCGUGAAUUUUUAGUUGAUGUUUAUGAUAAAUGCACUGGAGCUGGGAGAGUAUUAAAAGAAGAUGAAUUAAUUAAAGAAUGCAAUGAGGAAGAAGUUCAUAGCGAACUUGAACAUUAUGGAUUAGUCUUCAAAUUUGGAAUUGUAAUAAUUUGCUUUUUAGUAAUCACAACCAUAUUUUUAGCCUACAUCACUUACAACUUUUAUAAAAAGAGUUUCAAAUCAGACUGGAAUGAAGUCAAUUUUACUGUAGUGUCAGCAAAUUUAAAUGGAAAUGGUUAUUAAAAUGUCAGUUUUGUGUAUGCUGAAAAAUAAAGUAUUUUAU